UUUGAAAGGAGCUUUUGAAGUAAAGAACGGAUUUUAAGGCUUGACCAGACUCAUCAUUUUCAGUCAGUCAAACAUCAGGGGCAGCCCAUCGCCGAGGCGCCAGACUCAAACAAACAGCAAGAGAAAGCAUUUCUGAAGAAAACAAUACUUAACUUUAAGUUAGACAAGUCUAAGGAAGUGCAAACGAAAGCGGAAAACAUUCCUGUGCAAUUGUAUGAGAACUGUCCUUUCUGUCAUGAAGACCUCAAAACCAGCACUGCAGACUUCUUCUCAGGAGGAAUGUGGAGUUUGGCUGGACACUGUGCAACUGAAAGGAAAAGCUAAACAGAAACGAGUCACCCGCCCCAUUUCUAAAAUGCUGAAUCCCUUCAUUGAGGGCCGGGGUUACAGUUUGGCUGUGGCACUCAACUUCACUCAGACUAAAAUGGAGAUGCCAAAGACUAAACAGAGCUCUAUAUCCACCUUCUUCGCAGCUCAGCACAGAGUUCUCAAUAAGAUGUCUACUUCUGAAGUGCCAAACAUGGAUCCACCGCAGCCUUCUUCAUCAUCUACCUCGUCCACACAUGCCUUAACUGCACCCACACCUGUAGUAUCAGGAACAAAACGAAGACGUAAAAUAGAUCUUGAAAUGUUUGAUUUGUAUAACUGUGAGCCGGGUGUGGAUUCUGGGUGGAAAAGUGAAAAUGAGUCUGAAGAGGUAGAAAGUCAAACACCUUCUCAAAACAUGUACUGUGAAUUUGAAGAUGAUCAGUUGGAGGAGAUAAAUCCUCCACAGAGUAAGAGGAGGCUCACUGCAGCCUCCUCAUGGACAGGUGACAGUCAACCUCUUCCACAGGCGUGGAGUCAGGAUCCACUGCUCACCUUUAGCCAAUAUUCUGAGGAUGAGUUUUACCCGACCAACAAGAAAAACACCACAGCAAAGAACUUAAGCAACUCUGAGCCAAGUUUCCUUCUACAAAGUGAGGACUCCUCUGAUAUUCAGAUUGAUGUGGGAGAUAGAACCUCAACUCAAAAAUCCCUAAAACCCUUUCAUUCUCGUCAGAUGGAUGAUGAGAAAGAAAACAGCACAUUUGUGUCUUCUAAGUCCCUAAGAAAGCACUCGACUCUCUCUCAUAUUGAACCUCUUUCAAAUCAUAAAUGGACAGAACCAAGAAGUGCAUCACCUCAAAAACAUAUCCCAGUGCAGCUGUUGAAAAAGGCCGAUAAUGAGGAGAUCCUUGAGUCACAGUUCAAGUGGACAAAACCGAGCAGCUCUCCUCUAAAAAAACGUGCAACACAGCCGUUCUGCAGAGAGGUCGGCGAGGACAGUCUGGCCAUGUUGUUCACACAGGACUCUGAAGGCUUCAGGGUGAUCGCACACAGAGGUCUGCAAGCCAGGAGUCCACUCAAGGAUCAGAGUAACAAAAGCUCUGCGCUGGUGAGAACGAGCGCUUACAAGUCUCUUGUGGAGGAGGAGGAAGAAGAGAUGCUCUUUACUCAAGACUCUCAGGGAAAUAUGGUGAUCAAACACUGAAAUAUCCUUUAUAACUCUUUUGUGUAUGAAAGCGUGGAUGUGGAUAAUUGAUCACUAGAUUUGAAAGUAUUUAAAAAAUAUCUGUCUCCUCCAUGCUGCCAGGGCCUGAAAUCAGUUACAAACUGAAAUGUCUUGUUUGUUUCCAUGAAGACUGGACUGACUUUUAGGUACUUUAAAAAUUAAAAUACUGAUAUUCUUCUGUGAUAGUCUUACUUUUCGUCAGCUGUAAAUCUUUUGUAUUUUCCUGAAUGUUGAAGUCUUUGCCCGUUUUCCAUAUUGGAGUUUUUUUCUGAUACCAUUUAUUUUUUUCUUGUUUUGGUCUCUGAUGCUGAAAUGUCUUGCAAGGUGCUGCUCUCUUUUGCAAUAACACCAAC